AUGUCUGAGAGGGUUGAGCGCUUGGUGGACGGUAUGGUGACGGUGAAGGCGGGUAUUGUUGCUGCUGAGGUUGAUGCUGUGUUGUUUGAGGCUGUCCAUAUUGCGGUGAUUGAGGCUGGUACUGAGUCUGCGGUUGUUGAUAUUGCUGUUGCCAUCCCGAAGGUGAACCUCUCUGAUAUUCACCCCGUUGGUAUCCUGAAUUCGUUCCUGGUCCAUGAUACCCCGACUCUCUCUGACUUUGCUGCUGCUGUAACUGAACCUGUUUCUUAUACUCCUCUCCCACUUUACCAACAAAGUCCUUUAACCAAGCCAUUGUAUCACUUCUUUGUCCUUGAGUAA